AUGCAUAGUGUUAGUCGAUUAUUAUUAUUACCAUCAUUUCGUUAUGGACAAAUUCGUUAUUUAAAUACACAUAUAUUUGAUAUUCAUCCUGAAGUAAAAUCAGCUUUAGCUGAACAUCGUCCAAUAGUUGCAUGUGAAACAGCUAUUCUUACACAUGGUUUACCACGACCAAUAAAUAUUGAAACAUGUUUACAUAUUGAACAAAUUAUUCGUGAAAAUGGUUCUAUACCAGCAACAAUUGCUAUUUUAAAUGGUCGAAUCAAAGUUGGACUUACACAAACUGAAUUAGAACAACUUGGUUCAUCAAAUCAUAUUGAAAAAGCUUCUCGACGUGAUUUAUCUUAUCUUAUAUCACAUCAUGCAUCAGCCGGUACAACUGUUGCAGCAACAAUGCUUAUUGCACAUCGAUGUGGUAUAAGAUUAUUUGCAACUGGUGGUAUUGGUGGUGUUCAUCGUGAUUCAAAUACAACAAAUGAUAUAUCAUCAGAUUUAGAUGAGCUAGGACGUACACCUGUUUGUGUAAUUUCAAGUGGUGUUAAAUCAAUUCUUGAUAUUCCUAAAACACUUGAAUAUCUUGAAACAAAAGGCGUUGGAGUUUAUACAUUUGGUGAUACAAAUGAAUUUCCAAAUUUUUUUACACGAUCAAAUGAAUUUGGAUCACGUUCAUGUGCAGCAAUUCGUACAAUUGAUGAAGCUGCACGACUUGUUCGAAGUAUGAUUGAUUUAAAACUGGAUUCUGGUUUAUUACUCGCUGUUCCAAUUGAUAAAAAUGAUGAAUUAGAAGUAGGUGGUGGAGAAAAAAUUGAAGGAAUUAUUCGCGAAUCUCUUAAACAAGCUACCGAAAAAGGAAUAACUGGUAGUAAAGUAACACCAUUUGUUCUUGGUGAAAUACGUCGUCAAACGGGAAAUAAAUCCAUAGAAACUAAUCAAAAAUUAAUUUAUAAAAAUGCUCGAAUUGCAUCACAAAUUGCUGUUGCUUUAUCAGCAUUUAAAUCCGAUUCAUCUUCUUUAAUUAUCAUUGGAGCACGAAAUAUUGAUUUACAUAUACAACUUAAUGCUGAUUUUAUACUUAAUAAAGGUUCAACUAUUCCUUGUCGUUUACGACAAAAUUUAGGUGGAGUUGCAUAUAAUGUUACACAUGCACUUCAUCUAUUAAAGAAUCAUUCUAUUCGUCUACUUACUGUUUCGGGUACUUUAACUUCAUUAAUAAAUGAAGAUUCAACUCCAACACUUAUUCAUGAAAUUAAAGAUGAAUCCACAGCUAGUUAUAUAUCCGUACUUGAUUCGAAAACAAGUGAACUUAUUUGUGGUUUUGGUGAUAUGGGAAUCUAUGAAAGACAAAUAACACCAAUAUUUUUAGAUAAAAAUCUUUCAACUAUAAUUAAAAAUCAAUGGAUUAUGUUCGAUGCAAAUUUAAGUCAAUUAACAAUUGAACAUUUAAUAAAAAUUGGUACGAAAUAUAAGAAAUAUUUAGUAUUUAUAUCAGCUGGUGGUCCAAAUAAAGCUCGACGAAUUAGUAAAUAUUUAAAAGAUAUUCAUGUACUUUUUUGUAAUCGUUUGGAAUUUGAAGCUAUUACCGGAUCAUCGUCAUUGGAAUUUAGUUUAAAAAAUUUAUUCGAAAAUAAUUCGAAAUUAAAAUUAGUUUGUAUAACAAUGGGCGUUGAUGGUGUACUAAUUGGUGUGAAUGGGCAAUUAAAAAAAUAUAAAGCUUUAAAUUUAGAUAAAGAACAGCAAGAUAUACGAAAUGUUACAGGUGCUGGAGAUAGUUUUGCUGCUGGUGUUAUGAAUCAAUUAUUAAAAGCAAAUUUUGAAAAUAUAGAUCGAGCUAUUGCAUGUGGUUUAUUAGCAGCAAAAUUAACUUUAACAUCUCCAAAUACAAUUAGUGAACAAUUAAAAAUGAUUGAUGAUAUAAUGAUCGAUGAGAUUUGUUUGAAACAACUUAGAUAUGAAAAUAUUGAUUUGUAA